AUGUCCGAUUCCGACUCUUCUUCCUCUCCUCCGCCGUCGCUGCCCCCGCCUCGCAGCCUCUCUAUGCUUCUCCCCUUUCUGCUUGGCCUUGCCCGAACCACCCCUGGAUCGCACCUCAACCAGAUCGUCGUUCUCGAUCAUGCUGCCCGAACGGUCGUCGUUUUUGAAGGUCAUGUUCUUGAGUCUUUUCUCCGCGACUUGUCGGAGAAAUCCGGGCCGUUGCCUGCAUCUAAGGCUUCGAUCGAUGCGAUGCCGAGAGUCGGGAUUACGGAAUUGGGGAUGGAUUGUGCGAUUUGCUUGGACGGAUUUGAAGUUGGGGCGGAGGCGAGAGAGAUGCCUUGCAAACAUCUGUAUCAUUCGGAUUGUAUUGAGAAAUGGUUGAGGGUUCGUGGAACGUGUCCGAUUUGUCGGUUCACGAUGCCGGUGGACGAUCAGGAAGGGAAGAAGGACGAUGAUGAAGAUAUGGAAGGAGACGAAGGCCGAGUGGUUGUAGUGAAUCUAUGGGUUAACGACGGUGAACCAAUGGAUGUAGAAUCGGUGGAAUCGGGCUUGGGGCAUGGAUCGGGGGACUCCGAUUCGGAAUCUCACGAUGAAAUUACGGUCGAAGUUGACGCCUCAUCAACGCAAGAACAAGAUCCGAGUUCUGAAGAUUCUUCGUCAUUUUCAUUUUCGUCCUUUUUCAACUAG